CGGGUGUGAGCACUGUCAUUUCUUCUCUCCUAAUUUCUAGCGUAAAUGUUUUCAAACUUGUGAGGAAUAAGUUACAAUGUGCGUGUAAAAUUAAAAAUUUAUUGUUAUUACUAUUAAUAUAGUAUAUUAAUGAUUACAAAAUGGAAGAAAGUAAUCCAACAAAACAACAGGAUCAAGAAAAUGUAAAGGAACUGACUUGGAAAGAUUUGGGGAUCGUAGACACAUUGUGUCAAACAUGUGAAGAUUUAAAAUGGAAAUCACCUACAAAAAUUCAAUGUGAAGCUAUUCCGUUAACCCUUGAAGGUAAAGAUGUAAUAGGAUUAGCAGAAACUGGUUCCGGUAAAACUGCAGCCUUUGCUAUUCCUAUAUUACAGGCACUGUUAGACAAUCCACAAAGAUAUUUUGCUCUAAUUUUAACACCUACCAGAGAACUAGCCUUCCAAAUAUCAGAACAAUUUGAAGCUUUAGGGUCAAGUAUUGGAGUAAAAUGUGCAGUAAUAGUAGGUGGAAUGGACAUGAUGUCUCAGGCAUUGUUAUUGGCAAAAAAGCCACAUAUCUUAAUUGCCACUCCAGGUAGAUUAGUUGACCACUUGGAAAACACAAAAGGUUUUAAUCUACGUUCUUUAAAAUUCUUGGUUAUGGAUGAGGCAGAUCGAAUUUUGAAUAUGGAUUUUGAAGUUGAAGUAGAUAAAAUUUUAAGAGUAAUUCCUCGAGAAAGAAGAACAUUGUUGUUUUCUGCAACAAUGACUAAAAAGGUUCAGAAAUUACAGAGAGCAUGUUUGCGAAACCCUGUUAAAGUGGAAGUUUCAACAAAGUAUCAAACUGUUGAAAAAUUACAACAAUAUUAUGUUUUUAUCCCAGUUAAAUUCAAGGAUGUAUAUCUUGUACAUAUUUUAAAUGAAUUAGCAGGUAACAGUUUUAUGAUAUUUUGUGCGACUUGCAACAAUACAGUUAGAACUGCUCUUCUUUUACGAAAUUUGGGCUUCACUGCUGUUCCUUUGCAUGGACAAAUGUCACAGAAUAAGAGAAUAGCUGCUCUUACUAAAUUCAAGGCGAAAAAUCGAUCUAUACUUAUUUCCACAGAUGUUGCUAGCAGGGGUCUCGAUAUUCCUCAUGUAGAUAUUGUAAUAAAUUUCGAUAUACCUACACAUAGUAAAGAUUAUAUACAUAGAGUUGGACGUACUGCACGUGCUGGUCGUUCUGGUCGUUCCAUCACAUUUGUAACACAGUAUGACGUAGAAUUGUAUCAAAGAAUAGAGCAAUUGAUAUCAAAACAAUUACCAUUGUAUCCGACUGAAGAAGAAGAAGUAAUGGUGCUUCAAGAAAGAGUAGCUGAAGCACAACGUAUUGUAAAAAUGGAAAUGAAAGAUAUCGAGGACAGUAAAAAAUUAGGUAAACGAAAGAAACGUCAAGACGACAACGAGGAUGAUGAUACAGAACAAUCUAUGGGAGUCAGAAAAAGAAUAAAAGGCAAAAAUAAAGGAAGGGGCAAAAAGGGUUAAACGGUCUAACUGCCUUAUUGAGUACAUUUACUUUUCCUUAAUAAAUAAUAGAAAUGCAAGAUAGUAUUUGUUUUUAUUGGCAUUGUUAUUUGUUUGUUUUUAUAAAUCAUACCACCAUUCCCCUCUUAUGUAUUUCAUGUAUCUCUAUUUCAAACUCAUAGUUUGUAUUAAGAUCCUUAAGUAACUGUUAAUUUACAAAACCACAUUUACUCCCUUUUGCGACAUUCGAGUAUUUAUCUGCAUUAAAACGGCGAAAAUGGAUUCCUUUGAUGAUUACCGCUGUGUAAAUUUAUUGCCGUAAAACUAAUGAAUCUGACCAAGCAGUUGUAAACUACUAUUCACAAAUUGUAAAAUAAGGGAAAAUUUUUAAUAUUUAAGAAACUAUUGUUCUAUCGUAAUAAUUUUCUUGCAUUGAGCAAACAUCUUUAUCUGGAUAAGAAUAGUGUAAAUUACAUUAUUCAAAAUCACAAGAAUUUAAAAUUUUCUGCAUUAUUUGCUGAUAUUAAUGAAAGGAUACUACGGAACAAUCGCCAAGAUUGUAUAUCCAAUUCAAUUUUCUACUUAUACAUUUUUGUCUAAAUUAAAAUGGAAUUCUGUUUCUCAAAAAAUGCAAGACAAAGAUUAAAAGUAUUUGAUAUAUUGAAAAAAUAAUAAAAAUCUCAUAACAAAUGCAAAAAUAUUAUACACUGCACUCAAUUAUAAAAUUCGUUAGAUUUUUCUCUCGAAUCUCUAUAAAAAAUCAUAAAUUAACAUUGUACAUGUUUUCAUCGUACAAAAUAUCCAGGAACGAUAACGCUCCACUUUACCUUUAUAAUAAUAAUGCAACAUUUAAAAGCUACAUUAGUAUCAUUUAACUGUAUAAAGUAGCAACAAAUCCUUAUCCUGUAUCUUUUGCAUUUUAUCUUUUUCUACACAUUAGAAACUGCAAAACGAUUUUCAUCAAAGGUGCACUGAAGAAUAAUAUAAUGCUGCAGAAAGUGAAAAAUUCUUGAUGUUGUAACUUGUAUCUACUUAGUUUUCACUGUAAAGUAUGCUAAUUAAAAUGCUGUAAUAUAAACUGCAAUUCUUAUAGACCUAACUUCCGUUAAUGUACCGUUAACAAGCAUGACACCUUCGAUAUAUGUUAAAAUAUUGAACACCAUUAAAGGGUCAUUGAAAUUGGAUGGUGUACAACUAUGUUGCAGAAUGUUUGCAAAAUAUGUUAGGAAUAAACCUAAAACACAUUACAACUUAUAAAUCAACAUUUACUACAACACAUUGGUUUCUCAAGAAAUACGAUUAUUCGAUACGAUUUUAUCGAAUAGUGCCUUUAAUGUAAGUUAAAAAAGAAAAAAAAACAAAUAGAA